GGGGAUCACAGGGAGCAGAGAGAGAGGGAAAGCAGAGAGGAAGGCAGAGAGAGAGAGAGAGGGGACAGAGGCAGGGAGUAAAGAGAGAGAGAGUAGAGAGAAAAAGGCAUUGUGCAGAGAUUGCAGGGACAGGCAGGUUACAGAGCGGCUACGAUCCACAGCGCACCAGCGACAUGGGCCACACACAGACCUCUUUGUCUCCACUCAGGGAGUGAAGAGACGAGACUAGGACUGGGAAGAGGACAGUACACUGCGAGAGGAAGUGAUUUGAAGAACAACUGUGUUUCCGCAGCUUUUGCUGGGGCACCUUGAGUGGCGGGACGGUAAGGUACCAGCUGUGAGUGUCAUCUGGCCAUGAGAGAGUGACGGAGAAAGGACAUCUACUGCUACUGAGGACGUCUUGGUAUCUUCCUCUCCUGCCUGUCCCCAUGUCUAGAGGAGGGAGGCCCCCGGGUGGGUGGGCCCCGAUGUGGCCCCUGGCGUGUGCACUGACCCUGGCUGCAUGCUCGUCGGUCAGCCCCCUCCUCCAAGAGACCACCUCUGAUCUUCCCAUUGCUACAGAGACACAGACUGGAGUACGGACACAGCCAGAGCUUCAGACAGAGGCACAGACUGUGGCACAGACACAGACAGAACCACAGACACAGCCUAAGCUACAGACUGAGUCACCAACAGAGUUAGAGUCACAGGCAGCUACCAGCAACCACACAGGUCUGUUGUGUGUGUCCGUGCUUCCCCCGAGGCGCGGGUCAUUCUAUGUGGAGCAUGGGACAGGGGUAUCGGUGGGUACAGUGCUGGCCUUCUGGUGCAGGGAGGGCUACCAGCUGGUGGGCAGUGAUAAGAUCUCCUGCAGCGUCUGGGCAGGCAAACCCCAGUGGAGCAACUUCCUGCCAGUCUGUGAGGCCAUAUCGAGGCCAGAGGACCGGGGUCUGCGCGUGGCCGUGUUGGCCUCAGUGGUCAGUGGCAUCGUCAUCCUGGCAAUGUCUCUCUCCUUCAUCAUCUGCUGCCUGCAGGAACGCACUGGGAAGGAUAGGGCCACCAGGAGGGACGGCAGGAACAGGCGUAGAGACACGCGGUCUUCUCGGCGUAGUGAAUGCUGGCUGGAGAGAGAGGAGGGGGACUGGGGCACGUUUCCCCCUCCUAAGAUCUUCCACCUGUCACAGCGGCCGGACCUCCGGCUGGCUGCAGAAAGCCCUGUCUACCUGGGGGGCAUGGCCGGCUUCGACAACUGUGGAUACCAGAGGAGUCAGGAGAGCCUACUGAAGGCCCCGCUUCCUGGUCUGUUCCGGGUGGAGAGUCAGAUCAUCUACCCCCACGUGGUGCUCCAGAGAGUCCCCACCCCCACUGCCCCAACUGCCCCUGUCUACCCCCACAACAUUCCCCCCAACUCUGCCUCCAACUCCGGAUGUGCUCCCUCACAGCCACACCACAUGCCCCCAUAUCCUACCCCGCAGUAUUCCAUCCACAACUCCACCCCCCAGCGAGUUCCAUGGCAAAUGCAGCCCCAUUGAACUGUCACUGUCCACUCGCUCUCUCCCUCUCUGGAGGUCAAGUGUCAAUGAGGAAGGAUCAAAUAACACACUAUUCCCUAAUAAGUGCGCUACGUUUGAGCAGAGCCCCAUGCAGCUAACCUUCUACAAGUUUUGGUCAAAAGUAAUGCACUAUACAUCGGGAAUAAGGUGUUAUUUGCCAUUUGAGAACAGCCCUCAGACCCCUGUCAGCGAGAUGCUUCUACUACUGCAAGGAUGGCUGGAUGGGACACGUGUUACUGUAUAUACUGUAUGAUAUGGACUGACAGAGAGACCAGAGGGUCUUUUCCAGCACUUUCUGACUCCUCGCCUCUUCUCUCACUGAGAAAGCCCUUUCUGCUGUUUCUAGUGUAUCUCUACACGGCAGAGGAGGUUUUUCUUUCUCUACCAUUCUCUCUGUGUCUCCUGUCAAGGCUUUUGUUCAUUUUGUUGUGUCCUCCAUUUUCACAAGAGGUGUCUUCCUAUUCGUCUUCUGAUUGGUCAAAGUCCCCUUCAGACCCGGGCCUAUCAGGACACAUCCACUUGUUGAUGUCACUGACUGAAGACUGUGAGAUGUUGUUUGGCGGUGGUCCCCAAGUCGUCACCGACCAAAGAAGAAAUGGACUUAGCUGAGGAAGGUGGCUGCAGAAAUCAUCCCCAAUACCAUGUAUGGGUGUAUAAUAUAUUAUUCUUAAAGGUCAUGAAUAUGCAAAUUCAUGUUUUUCAUGAAAUUGGAUGAUAUUUGGAUGAAAGUAUGAUGGCCAAAGUAUGAAAAAUGACUGUUUCGUCUACAUUGAUAAAGUUUGGAUUCUUGGAUUCAGGAGGCGGGAUUAUUAAGGGGAUAGGGUGACAUCACCCUAACUCUCUCAUUUUAAUACACCAACGUGGAACUAAAGGGGGGACAGGUCGUUCAAAACUCUGACACAGUUGUCAGGUCAACACAUGCU